UACAGUAAGUUUGGUUUCAGACUCAUGAACUCCACCAACCUCACGGCAUCAUGAAGAUCUUCCUGCUGAUUCUCCUGCUGGUGUCUGCUUUGUCAGAUAUUUUGUGCCAGAACAUCAGUCCUGAUGAGGAUAACUGGAUGAGUGCCAGGUAUCCAGACCAGGUAAAUUUGCUAGAAUCUGACCUAAAGUCGAUGUUGGAAGGGGUCAUCCGAACACCUGGUCUACAACAGGUUUUUGGUCUAAUGGGGAAAAGAUCAUCUGCAAAAUCACAGAUAACACGAAGGCGGCAGAAAUUCCAGACUUUUGUGGGUCUAAUGGGAAAACGUAAUGUGGUUGAACCAGGAUCCUUCUAGGAAAAAGGCUGAAACUGAUAAUGCCAGGUUCAGAAAUAACUAAAAAAAAUAAAAUAAAAAGGUAAAUGUUAUUUGGGACAUUGCAUUUGUCUUCUAUACAGGAUAUUACCACCUCCAUGCUUUACUGGAGGAAUGCAUGUUGGUGUUUUAUCUGUCACUUGGAUGUUAAAUACAGCUGGAUCAAACAAAAACUGUGUCCUUUUUUCCGGCUGCAAAGAAUCGAAAUGUGAUUAUUUUCUAUACCCACUGUAUAUACAUGUAUAAGUUAAAGAUUAAGUUAAAAAUGUUUAUCAACUGAUCAAAAUGAUUAAAAAUGUAAUUCAUAAUUAUAAUACUGGUGCCACUUUUCCUUUAUACGCUUUAAACAUGAAUUAUUCUUGACAGUUCAGUGUAUUCUUGCUAUGUAACUGUAAAACCUAUU